CCGCGGCCGAUGUGGCCCCGCGCGCGCUACGGGCCUGCACCGCCACCGCACAAAGACGCCUCAGGAGCCGCCGCCUGCACCCGGGCCACAACAGCCGCGCCAGCCGGAGCCCGAGCCCAAACCCGAGCCCGAGCCACAGCCAGAGCCAGGGCCAGAGCAGGAGCCGCAGCCGAAGCCGGAGCCGGAUCCGGAUCCGGACCCGGAGCCGGGGGGCAGGAGGCGGCGCCCGCGGGCGGCCGGGCCCGGUAUGGAGAAGCGCGCGGCCGCGGGGCUGGAGGGCGCGCCGGGCGCCCGGGCGCAGCUGGCCGUCGUCUGUUUGGUGAACAUCUUUCUCACCGGGAGGCUCAGCAGUGCGGUUCCUGCCUUAGCGGCCUGCAGCGGGAAGCUGGAGCAGCACACGGAGCGGCGUGGGGUCAUCUACAGCCCGGCCUGGCCCCUCAACUACCCACCAGGCACCAACUGCAGCUGGUACAUCCAGGGCGACCGUGGUGACAUGAUUACCAUCAGCUUCCGCAACUUUGACGUGGAGGAGUCCCACCAGUGCUCCCUGGACUGGCUCCUGCUGGGCCCAGCAGCCCCGCCCCGCCAGGAGGCCUUCCGCCUCUGUGGCUCUGCCAUCCCGCCUGCCUUCAUCUCUGCCCGAGACCACGUCUGGAUUUUCUUCCACUCAGACGCCUCCAGCUCCGGCCAGGCCCAGGGCUUCCGUCUGUCUUACAUCCGAGGGAAGCUGGGUCAGGCGUCCUGCCAGGCAGAUGAGUUCCGCUGUGACAAUGGCAAGUGCCUGCCCGGCCCGUGGCAGUGCAACGCAGUGGAUGAGUGUGGAGACGGCUCUGAUGAGGGCAACUGCUCGGCGCCGGCCUCGGAGCCUCCAGGCAGCCUGUGUCCCGGGGGGACCUUUCCGUGCAGCGGGGCGCGCUCCACGCGCUGCCUGCCUGUGGAGAGGCGCUGUGACGGCUUGCAGGACUGCGGCGAUGGCUCAGAUGAGGCGGGCUGCCCCGACCUGGCGUGCGGCAGGCGGCUGGGCAGCUUCUAUGGCUCCUUUGCCUCCCCAGACCUGUUCGGCGCGGCCCGUGGGCCCUCGGACCUUCACUGCACAUGGCUGGUGGACACGCAGGACUCGCGGCGGGUGCUGCUGCAGCUGGAACUGCGGCUGGGCUACGACGACUACGUGCAGGUAUACGAGGGCCUGGGUGAGCGCGGGGACCGCCUGCUGCAGACGCUGUCCUACCGCAGCAACCACCGGCCGGUGAGCCUGGAGGCCGCCCAGGGCCGCCUCACCGUGGCGUACCAUGCGCGCGCCCGCAGCGCCGGCCAUGGCUUCAACGCUACCUAUCAGGUGAAGGGCUAUUGCCUUCCCUGGGAGCAGCCAUGCGGGAGCAGCAGUGACAGUGAUGGGGGCAGCGCGGGCGACCAGGGCUGCUUCUCCGAACCACAGCGCUGUGACGGCUGGUGGCAUUGUGCCAGCGGCCGAGACGAGCAGGGUUGCCCUGCCUGCCCGCCCGAUCAGUACCCCUGCGAGGGUGGCAGUGGUCUGUGCUACACGCCUGCCGACCGCUGCAACAACCAGAAAAGCUGCCCCGACGGCGCGGAUGAGAAGAACUGCUUCUCCUGCCAGCCCGGCACCUUCCACUGCGGUACCAACCUGUGCAUCUUCGAGACCUGGCGCUGUGACGGCCAGGAAGACUGCCAGGACGGCAGCGAUGAGCAUGGUUGCCUGGCCGCGGUGCCCCGCAAGGUCAUCACCGCGGCGCUCAUCGGCAGCCUGGUGUGCGGCCUGUUACUGGUCAUCGCGCUGGGCUGCGCCUUCAAGCUCUACUCACUGCGCACGCAGGAGUACAGGGCCUUCGAGACCCAGAUGACGCGCCUGGAGGCUGAGUUCGUGCGGCGGGAGGCACCUCCAUCCUACGGUCAGCUCAUUGCGCAGGGCCUCAUUCCACCCGUGGAGGACUUUCCUGUCUACAGUGCCUCCCAGGCCUCUGUGCUGCAGAAUCUUCGCACAGCCAUGCGGAGACAGAUGCGUCGGCACGCCUCCCGCCGGGGGCCCUCCCGCCGCCGCCUCGGCCGCCUCUGGAACCGGCUCUUUCACCGGCCGCGGGUGCCCCGAGGCCAGAUCCCACUGCUGACCGCAGCACGCCCCUCACAGACCGUCCUGGGUGAUGGGUUCCUCCAGCCUGCUCCAGGGGCUGCCCCCGACCCCCCAGCACUGCACACGGACACAGGCAGCCCCAGGGUGGCUGGAGAUGGGCCCCCCAGUGCCCCAGGCCAUGCACCGGAGGUGGGACCUUCAGGGCCACCCUUGUCCUCAGGCCUGCGAGACCCAGAGUGCAGGCCUGUGGACAAGGACAGAAAGGUCUGCAGGGAGCCACUGGCAGACGGUCCAGCUCCUGCGGAUGCACCUCGGGAGCCCUGCUCAGCCCAGGACCCGCACCCCCAGGCCUCCACUGCCAGCAGCACCCUGGGCCCCCACUCGCCAGAGCCACUGGGAGUCUGCAGGAGCCCCCCGCCCCCUUGCUCCCCAAUGCUGGAGGCCAGCGAUGACGAGGCCCUGUUGGUCUGUUGACCACCGGGCUCGCUGGUGACCGCCACAGCCCCGCUUUGUAACCAGGGAAUACACAGUCAUUUCUA